UACUGCGGACAUGCAGCCAAGCUGAGAGUAAUGUGACACCUCAUAAUGGCGAUUCCCCGCAAGCAAUAUACUUCAAGGAAUUGCUAGGUGUCACACUGAUCGUCGCUACGAUGUAUUUCGCGGAAGAUUUAUGGAGGCGCCCAAGCUUUCCCUUCGUCCAGAGGAGAAGAUUAAGGAUGAGCUUGGUUGAUAAAAGGCGAGGGUUGGCUUACCGGACAUCUCUCACAAGUCAUCAGGGAUACCCAAAUCAACACAUUUCGACACAAUCAUCAAAACAAUGUUGGGCUCUUCAUCCGUCAUCUCAAUACUCGCGCUGGCGUCCACCGCCUUCAGUGCACCUAGUGGCAGCAUUGAGAAGCGUGCACCGACAGUCUACCUUGCUGGAGACUCGACAAUGGCAAGAGCCAAUGGUGGUGCGGGUACUCUCCAAGGCUGGGGUACUUACCUCCCAUACUCAUUGACCACAUCUGUCAUCAACAAAGCCAUUGGUGGCCGCAGCUCUCGCUCCUACACCGUCGAGGGACGCUUCACCGACAUCGUCAAUACAGUCCAGGCCAACGACAUCGUCAUCAUCGAAUUCGGACACAACGACGGCGGCUCUCUUACUCCCACCGACAACGGCCGCUCUGUAUGCCCCGGCAAGGGCACUGAGACCUGCCAGUCAACGUACAACGGAGUAGCCACUACCGUGUACACCUAUCCCUUCUACCUUAUCCAGGCCGGCAAAGCAUUGAUUGCAAAGGGCGCCAAGGUCAUCAUCAGCAGCCCGACCCCCAACAACCCCUGGGAGUCCGGCACUUUCACUUACAGCGGUAGCCGCUUUGUCGACUACAGCAAGAGCGUCGCUGCCACACUCGGCUCCAACGCCUUCUAUGUUGACCACGGUGCAUAUGCUGCCGAUGCCUGGAAUACACUUGGUAAGGCGAAGACCGACGCCUACUUCGUCGCCGGCGACCACACUCACACCCUUCCUAUCGGUGCCGAUGUUGUUGCCACAUCGUUUGUCAAGGGUCUGCAGUGCGCUGGAGGCGGUUUCCUUAACGGUUAUGUCAAGAACAGCACCGCCAGCAUUACUGGAAAGUGCUUGUAG